AUGCGCCCCAAAAACAACCCCCAACCUAAGCCUCUCUACCGCAAACCUGGCCACAAAGCGCGCCGAAAGGCGGUGCGAGACUCUAAACGCAUCUACCACGCGAAGACUAUGAAAACAAAGCUUGCGCAAGAGUACCGGAAUCUCCCUGGGCUUCGGGAGGCACUGCAGAGUCUACGUGAGCAGAUCGCCGACGAAGAAAAGCCGCCUGCUCAAACAGCCGGCGAGGCGGUUGUGGAGCAUACUGAAGAGCAGCAACAAGUGGCGGAGGCGCUGGACGCGAAUGCUCCUGCUACGGGUGCCAUUUUCUGGCCGCGCAGCAUCGACCACUCGCUCGAGCUUACUGUUGCUGAGGGUGUCAGAAUUAAGGGGUACUGGCCUUCGGAUGUGUGCCAGUGCCUUGUUGAUUGCUUUUCGGACGGUUGCUCGAACGCAACCUCUAGUCUCUUCUGUGAUGAAGACAACUGCAAGUUUGAAGGGCGUUGUUCGAAUGGAAUACUGGAGUGCAGCGCCAUGGAGCUUUUUCAAUCGGCAAUUGGUAUUGGAGUCCGUGCGACGGACACGAUACCUGUUGGGGCCACCUUUGCGCCGUACACGGGCUUUCUGACGGAUUUUGAUUAUGAUGCAGAAGUCCACCAGCGUCACUACGUCAUUUCGCUACACGCUCGUAGCUAG